AUGAUUCCGGAAAUACCCUCGGAUUCUGUUGUUGCAGAAAGCACAAUGACAACGACGACCAACAACAACCACGCAAGUAGUGCCACCACUCUUAUCACAUCAAACACUGUUUCUCAAGCUCUCUCUUCAUUGAAGGUUUAUAAUUUAUCCUCCUUCGUUAACCAAAUUAGUGGAAUUCAGUUCAUGGACGUGUCAUCCUCUUCCUCUUCCUCCACAUCAGCAACACAGCCACCACAAGAACAACACCUCACCAAUCCACUCUCUCUCUUGUUCUUCUCCAAUGUGGACUCAACGACUCCAACAACAACUCUCAAGAACGAAGAACAAGAGAUUGAUCUGGCCACUCUCUCCACACGUUUUACUCUUCUCAUUCAGAUCCGUCGUUAUACUCGACAUGGUGCAUGUGGUUUUUGCACGCGUCGACAAGUUCUCAUGGCUCAAAUGUACAAGAGUUUACUUCAACUUGGAAUUCUUCCAAUUGUUAUUCAUGCUGAGAGCAAGGAGGAGGCCAAUGAGUUCUUUGAUCAUUUCAAGAAUCCUCUAGUCGCUCACAUGCUCAGAGUUUCUGAUCCAGAGUAUGUCCACGUUUCGAAAUUGGUUCAAGCUUCUAGCCAAGUGUGUCUUCCCAUUCGUUUCAUCGACAUGAAAGAUAUGGGCACGUGGGAAACGAUGCCAUACAUGAAGGCCACCAACGAGGGCUAUCAAUUCAACCAAGAUUCCACCAAGGAGUUAGCCAAAAACUCAAAUCUCCUCAUGCCCAAGUUCUUACUUGUUAAGGGAAAAGAAGUGAUCUAUGAAUGGAAUCAAUCUCUUGGCGAUGAAGCACCAGAGGUUUUUAGAGAUGUUUUGCUUCAUUUUCCCAAUCUAGGGCAUGUGAAUUUGCUUGAGGAAUGUAACGAGAGCAGCCAACCAUUCCAUCGUUUGAAAUCCAUUCCCAGAUAUAACAAGGAUCCCAAAUCAUUGGAUUUCUCUCUCGUGACCAAGGAUCAGCAAGAGAAGGAACUACAAACAAGUAUCAAAAACGAUUCUCACAUUCAGGAGAAGGACUACAAGACUCUAUUCUCCACUCUUAAAGAUGAGAAUAGAGCUGCCACACUCUGUAAGGUAGCCAAUCACAUUUGUAAGAAAUUCCUCAAUAACGAGAAUGGUCUCUACAGUGUCACUGAGUUGUAUUCAGAGCUUAAGAAGAAGGCAGAAAAAGUGACCUCCUUGUUCUCUGAUCCACAAUAUUUCGAGAAUGAUGACUGUGCCAAUCUCUUUCAUGAAAUUGAACAAGAGUUAUUGGCCUCUGUGUUCCCAGCCAUGUAUGUUCGAUUUACUCAGUCAUGGCCCAAAAAAGAAAAUUGUUCUUUGCAAUAA